AUUAUGUCACAACUUCAAGAUCUCCAGGCACAAAUUACGAAAUAUGAACAGGCAGCGCAGCAAGCAGGACUGCAAACGCCUCAAGGACAAGCUCUUUAUCAAAAUGUUUGUCGAUUAAAACAAAAACUUUUAACUAUUCAAAGUGGAUCAACAAUAAAUGCUAAUGUUGAUAUUUUAAAGCCUCAAGGAUUAAGACAAGGGACAGCACCUGUUAAUCAUAAUGUAAAGCAGGCACUAGAAGUGCAAAGUCAUUUACAACAAACAACGCAACAUUUUGUUAAAGCAAUUUCUGAAUUAAAAGAACAGCUUACAAAGAUCAAAGCAGAAUUAUCUAAUCCAAAUAUUACUCAAAGAGAGAAAGAAGAGUUAGAAAAGGAACAUAAUGAAAAGGUCGCAGCGUUAAAUACGUAUCAUAUGCAUAUUCAAAAGGCUACUCAGCAAUUCCAUCAAAUGCAACAAAUGCAGAGUAUACAAGGACAAGAAAAUCCGAUAAAAACAGGAACUAUGCAUCAGACAAAUCCGAUGAUGCAAAAAGUUCAGACAAAUCAAGUAGCAAUGAAUAUGGCGCUUCAGCAGCGAGCAUCAAUGCAACAAAUGAAUCCUAUAGCGAUUCAGCAACAACAAAUUUCACAAGCAAACAAAAACAAAGAGACAGUGGCUCCUUCAAUACAGCAAUUUCGACAGAAUCCAGUAAAUAUUCCAAGACCACCUGUUCAGCCAGCAACAAAUCUACCAUUUCAACCAGUUUCUGGGCAAAUCGUGCAAAAUUCAAAUGUACACACGUCUUUUGAGAAAAUGCCACCUAUUCCUGAGGUUAUAAAUGUUAAACCACCUGUCCCAAUGUCUAUCCCUCCUUCAAGACCAACUUUAACAUCUGGUUAUACAACAACACCCUUCAUGAGUACACCAGGCAUUUCUAAACCACCACAAUACGAUAUUGACAAUGGUAAUCGCAUAUUAAGCAAGCGAAAGCUCCAAGAGCUUGUAAAACAAAUUAAUCCUGAUGAACGACUUGAUCCUGAUGUCGAAGAGCUUCUUUUGGAAGUUGCAGAUGAAUUUGUAGAAUCAGUAGUUUCUUUUGCAUGUAGGCUUGCAAAAUACAGAAAAUCGGAUACAUUAGAUGUUAAAGAUGUUCAACUACAUCUUGAGCGCAACUGGAAUAUUCGAAUUCCUGGAUAUACUAGUGAUGAAAUACGAAGCGUACGAAAGAAUAUUCCUUGUCAAGCAUAUCAACAGAAACAAAAUGCUAUUGCAACUGCCAAAUCAAUGAGUAAAGAAUGAAUCUUAUAUUUAUACACAAAAUUCUCAUUUAUCAUCAUAACAAUAAUCUAAAAAUAAUAUCAACAUGCUUCCCGUCUAUAUUUAUUAAUUUAUUGAUUUUUCAAAUUUUUCAUUUUAAACCGUCUGGCUUAGAGAACA